GAUGCAAAGGAGGAAGCGUGGUAAAGGCAGCAUCUUUCCAGGAUCCAUGGGCUCUUUGAGAGAUGAUCAGAGGGAGGCCAGAUGAUCUGCACAACACGCGCUCCCCUGUUUCUCAUCCGCAAAGGCAGCAUCGGAGCGUUCUCCCCAGCCCCGCGCCCCCCGGCUUGCCCGAUCGUUUCCGUAUGUUUCGCAGCUGUGAGUGGGAGGUCCUGGAGCGAUCCCUCAAUAUCCUCCAGGCCAGCGACUUCUACUGGGGCCCCUUGUCCGUGGGGGAGGCUCACGCCAAGCUCCAGCGGGAGCCCGUUGGCACCUACUUGGUGCGGGACAGCUCGCAGGGGAACUGCUUGUUCAGCCUGAGCGUGCGGAUGCCGACGGGGCCUGUCAGCCUUCGGAUCUCUUUCCAGGAGGGCUAUUUCCGCCUGAAGAACUGGUUUUCAGACUGCGUGGUCCAGCUGCUGGAGCUGGUGGUGGCAGGGACCCGGAACAACCCCUUGCACUUUGAUGAGAUGGGGGGACCCCCCCUGGUCUUCUCCGAGCCCCUGUGCCGGAGCCGCCGGGCAGUGCCCACGCUGCGAGAACUGUGCUGUCGGAGCCUGCCUGCUGGCACUGCGAUGGGGCAGGGAGCAGGGCUGGGGGGCUCCUCGGGGAUGCACCCGAGGGAGGAGGUGGUCUCACCGCUGGGCGGAAGGGGAGGGUUGGGGGGGAGCGUUGUCCCCAGCCCCUCUCCAUCCUGGGCUAGGAGAUGA